UAUGUAUUUCUUUGUUUAAUUUCUCCCAACAUAAAUCGCAUGCAAUCAAGUUAGACACAGGGUGAUGCUCGAACCUUCUCGAUCAUAUGGGCCAUCAGUUCUUUUUCUACGCGCUUUUCGUUUCCCAUCCCAAAAAUUUUAACAUCUGGCGUGCGUACGCCCUUACCCACACUACGAUACAUGUACUCACGCAAUCCAAGUGCAAUGCAAACAAACAUCGUCAUCAUAGCAGACCGUCUAAAAUCUUGUCAUGAGUGUGCAAAGUUGUGAAAUCGUCAAGUCAUAAUCGUAAAAGCGUACAUGAUAAUGGUUUAGCGUACAUUUCUUGGAGAGUGCAUUCCUUAUUUACUUCACUGUAACGUCGUUUUAUCUUGCGUUAUCUUUCAACUAAAUUCACUCGGAAGUUACGUGCAGUCAGUGUGUGAACCGGACGUUUUCAGUUAUAAGAAACACAAAUUUUAGUUAGUUUCGCUUGAUCGGAAACACCGUCAGAAUCAUGCAAAACAAAGGUGAAAUUGUAAAGAUCGCUGGUGCUGUUAUUCUGCCCCAGUUGGGAGGAUUCGUAAAUGGCAAACUUACCCGUAUGGAGAUUACCGGCUGGUACAAUCAACUCAAUUUUCCAUCAUUCCGACCACCGAACUGGGUGUUCGCUCCGGUAUGGACAACACUUUACACUGGCAUGGGAUACGCAUCUUACUUAGUUUGGAAGACGGGCGGUGGCUUUAGUGGACCAGCACAAAUUCCGCUGAUACUCUACGGUACCCAGCUAGCACUGAACUGGGCCUGGACUCCAAUCUUUUUCCGGAUGCAUCAACUGAAAUGGAGCGUUGUUGAAAUUCUGGCCCUAACUGCGUCGGUUGGAGCGACCGGUAUUGCUUUCUACAACAUUAAUAAGCUCGCGGGUUACCUCUUCAUUCCAUACUUCGCUUGGUCCGCAUUUGCUAGCGUCCUCAACUAUAGCAUUUACAAGCUGAACACACCGAAAACAUCUACAGCAACAAUCGAAGAAGUUACCGAUGAUGCAAAGUUAAAAUAAGAUGCAUUGUUGUAUUAACAGUCGUACAAAGCACAAUAACAAUCGGUGUAUGGUUUUGUAAGAAUAUAAUCUUGCAGAUUUUUCAAAUAA